AGGAGCUCACAGGCUGCAGUCCCCGGAUGAAACCAUCAUGGCUGCCACUCGCUGAGCUGUCAAGCUCUCCACAAAAGAAAAAGAAAUCUGCAAAACCAUGGAUUCAGCAGAUGUCCGCGCAGCUACCUCCGCAGGAGAUAACAAACGGCGCGCCAAAACGAACAGAGAUUGUCACAAACGGCUGCACCUCAGGAAGGCCGCCGCUCAGCCCCCAGCUAUGCAAAGCGAAGAUAAGCGUGGACCAAAGAAGACGGCGGCGGCGGCGUGGAAACGGAGCUCAGUGUGGCCUUCAUCGCAGAACCCCCCCCAGGAUGCACAGCAGAGUCAACGUAGGACAAGUGACAGCGGAAACACACUCAGGUUCACAUGCUCUCAAUGCAAGGACAACUUGGAAUACGUUCCCAAAGACUUAGUGAGGCACUUUGAGGAAAAACACAGAGGGAGCCCGCCAGUUUUUUCCUGUCAUAUGUGUACUCUCACCACACACGAGUUCUCCUACCUUCAGGUUCAUCUGUUAAGCCACAAGGACACUUUUUCUAGUUGCAUCGUUUGUAGUGACAAUGUUCAACGCACAUGGGCCGAAUUCAGCGCACACCUGACCAUGUGCCACUGCCCGAAUGGCAAAUAUUCAUGUGAAGUGUGCCAGAAGUUCUCCACAGGUGACGUGAGAGUAUUUUUAGAGCACAUGUAUGCACAUAAUCUGGAUCUGGAAGGAGCGGAUGAUGUUGAUGUAUCGCUGCACACAAAGGACAAGAAUCAGCUGUCGACCACUCAAACCUUACGUUGUCAGCACUGUAGCUAUGAGGCAUCUUACAAGUGGUUGAUUACUAAGCACAUUAAAGCUGUCCAUGCUUGCCAGAAUAGCAACCAGAGGAGUAAGAAGAAGGAGGUUCAUUCCAUAGCAAUGAAACCAAAUGACACAAUCCCCAAAAUGAAGUCCCGAAUAACAAGAAGUACAGUUAGGGAAAUGUGCUGGCUGACACAGGACUGCCUUUCUCUGCCAGGGAGAGAAUUCUUAGACAAAUACUGCCAUCUGUCAGAUCCACAGACAACACUUGAGGAGACGCAACAGUUUUUGAUGAAAUCUGUCGCCGGGGAAACCGGUGACCAGAAAUGGACCAAGGCUCUUAAAACUGUUUUGUCAAACGUCCCUCAAGAUAUGAAUCUUCACCCAAAGUCGGAGAAUGGCAUCAUGUCGAACUCGUCGGAUCUCACUGUCCUUACAGUCAAGAACAAGAUAACUGUAGCUCAGAACGGUGCUGCUUAUGCCAAAAGGUUGAAAAUGAUGUCUGAUAAGGAAGCUGUUUCUCCUGAAAGUGCUGCUGAUGAUGCUCAGUGUGCGGUCGACCAAAAUGGAUGUCAGUCGAAUUUGAACGAUCAUACAUCCUGUACGCAGGCUGAAAAGAAACUACAUAAUGAUGUUUCACUGUCAGUCCAGAAUGAGCCGUCUGAGCGCGCUCAGAUGCAGGAAAACAGGGAGAAUCAGGAAUUGAAGACUGAAUUGGAAGUAGAGGAACACAAUAAGAAGCUGGAGGGGCCUAUGCAGGCUGAUGGAAUUAUUAUCUCCAGUGAUCUGAAGUUGACGAAUGAGAGUGAAGAGCAGACAUCCGUUCAUAAAGUCCUACCAAAAGUCAAGAGACGAAAACGGCGACGGAAAAGAAGGACCAGGUUCAAAAAAGCGGAUAAAAAAUCGCCAGGAAUCCCCUUAAAGAUAGUGUUGAAGAAGAACCCUGUGAAGGAGAAGCAGUGGGUGACGCAAAGCUCGUUGUCUCCAUCAGGAGGUGGUUCAAUGGACGGACUGCCAAACCCUCAUACAGCGGAGAUGGAGGAGAUGGUACAGGUUCUCCAAAACGUGCAGCCAGCAGAAGCACCCCAGAAGAAAUGGACCAAAGGUUCCAAGACUGAUCUUCCCGACCCUUCUGAAGCCAUUAGUUCAAUCCUACAACCAGGGCCAGGAGAAGAACUCAACCCUAGGUGCGCUGCAAAGCCAAUGGGGUCCACGAAUAUGACCACAAACAGGCCUGCCGCGCUCGAAGGCUUGUCGUCGACGUGUCAAGAAAUGCAGGAUGACGCAGAGAAAUCGCCGCAGUUGUCGGAAACUGAAGUUGACAAGAGCACAAGCCACGCAAAUCUGAGUGCUGCAUCAGUGGCUGAAGAAGAGAUGUACCCCGAGAACGUGCAGCUCCAAACAUCACACGGUGGCACCGACUGCCAUGUGUCUGACGAAAAGACGAGUUCACCCGCUGAUGAAGUGACUCCUCGUAGCAGCAGCAUGCCUUCCCCUGUUUCCCAACCUGUUAUUACACCACAGGGUGAGAUAAACGUUGAGGAUUCCUGCCUUGCUCAAGCUGGAGCGCAGAGUAACCGGAAUGCUGAAGGGAUGACGGACGGAGAAUCGCCCGCGGACUCCUGCCCAGAUCUCCCCAGCAGCAUCCAUUUGCCCCCAGGUAAAGCCAUCCAACAGGAGCCCUCGCCAGCCUCUGAGCAUCAGAGGCAGCCGGUCCCAAAAAACCUGGAGAGGACCCUGAAGUUAGUAGCCAUAAAUCCCUCUCAGCUGGUGAAGCGUCCGGCGGGAGACCAGCCUGUUGUGGUGCUAAAUCAUCCAGAUGCGGACAUCCCCGAGGUGGCCAAGAUCAUGGAAGUCGUCAACAGGUACCGAGGAGAGGUGAAGAAGGUCGUACUGUCGCGCAGGACUCUGAACGCUCUCUCAGCUUUGAACAGCGAGGCCUCUGGGACGAGCGAUCCGAACGACGGCCGAGCUGAGACCGCAUGGCGGGGCAGAAGCUCCGUACAGGAGAGGUUCACUUUGAAGUUGAAAUUUCGUAGGUUGACGAGGAAAAAGUACGAAGUGGUGGGCGCCGUCUCUCCCAGCAGGGACGCCGAGUUGAAGUUUCGCUGCUGGUUUUGCGGCAGGGCCUUCACCAGUCAGGAGAUGUGGAUGACCCAUCGGCAGCGACAUCUGAUGGAGUGGAAAAGGCCAAACUGUGAAAACUCUUAAAUGUCGCACACACUGGAUGAAAAAUAGUCUGGAAUACUUUGCAAUACAACAAAACAAUAAUGGAAACUUUUCUGUUUUUUUUUUUUAAAGAAAGUCUUAAUUAUGAUUGGUUGAUUGUUUUUUUUUGAGGAGAAUCAAAUCAUGCUUCCUGGAGGGUUCACAUUCUCAGGGUAAUUUUAACAUUUACCUAUUGUCCCUCUCCCAGUCUGAGUAGCUUGAUACAGACUCUUUGUAGAUGAGUAAUUAUUUGUAAAGCCACACGGACGUGGUGCUGAUCAUUUUAGUUGUUUGUACUGUUUGUAUUUUGUCUACGCAAUAGCUUUAUUUAAGGUGAUUUAAGUACACUGUCGUAUGGAAUCUUUACUAGAACACUGUAAUAUGUAUAUUUGCCAUACCAUCUGUUUUAUGGAUCAGUUUAUGUACGGGUAGGCUAUACAGUGUGGUAGCUGUCAUAUUUAUGUUUUUUGGAAUGGGACACAGAGACCCACAAGUUACUCAGAUAUACCAAAACUGUGUGUGUACAAAACAAAAAAAGACAAUAAGCUGUUUUAUUCAACAUUUAUUUAUGACUCUUAAGUUUAGCCUUUAUAUGCUUCCUUUAUGCUUUUUUUUGUUUUGUUGUUUUUGGGCCAUUAGAAGAAUUAGUGUAUUUGUAAUUUUUAGUUUGUAUAAACUCCAAAUUAUGUCGAGAUGUAGUGUAAGAAAUAUAUUUUCAUGCAUUUAUCCAGUGGGUGCUGUUUAUCCCUGAAGACAAAUUUUUUUAAAGAAGUAGUCCUGUGUUUGGUGAUGUCAGUGACACACCGACAAAAUCAUUUUGUGUGAAAUCUGGAUUUCUAAACAUCAAAAAAAGCCUAGACGAUUUGAUCAUGUGUUUCCUUUUCCUUCAGUGGGUUUCCUCUUUUGACUUGAAAUGAUGAUAAUCUUAUCUUUUAAUUGCACUAUGAAAGGAGGAUUUAUAUUUCCCCGUUACCUCACCUUAUCAGGCCGAAGCCUACGACAAUCUCAACCCGGUGUCCUACUGUGGCUCAACAUUUCCUUAUGCAGCCACCAUCCCUCAGUAUUCACGCCAAGGGAACGGCGGCUCCGUUGUGUGUUUGUGUCCGUCAAGGACCAUUGGACAGAUGUACCUACAUUGUGCAUGAAUCUCUGUUUCUGCAGUGUCAAUAAUACUUUUUGUUUUUUUUCAAUUUAGAUAAAAGAUUUAUAAUUGUACAUAGUCCCGCCAGAGGUACUGUAAAAUAUUACCUGAGAAUUUUCACCAAGUGCCUAGGAUUUAUUAUUAUGCAACAACUGUGCAUGAGUAUGAUAGCAUUACUUGUUGAACAGAGAAUAAAUGAAACCGUUUGUCAGUUCCUGGUGGCAUUUUGUUGUGACUGAAGAUAUGAGCGGAGCUAUACAAAACCAGAAAACAAGUUUUUAUUCAAACAAAAUAUACAACCUUGUAGCUUUCGCUCCCCUAAGUACCGCUGUCAUAAACAACUUAUUUGUCUAUGUGCUUCCUUCUGCUGCAGCAACACUCUCAUUCCUCGCAUUUAUUUUAUUACACUGUUUACUGACUGAGCAUUAAAAAAAAAACCAAACAAAAACAUCUUAAUAAAACACGUUAAAAAGUCUUCUGAGUCGGUGCUAUUUUAGCUCUGCAUGGCCAGCAGUGCAGGCAAAGUCCGGCGUGAAGGAGGAGAAGAGCGUCAGACAGUGGGGCUGCUGCUCUGACGCCGGUCUAGCUGCAGUUUAAGGUUUAGGAUGGGUUUGAACUUUAUGUUGUCUGAUCACUGAAAGCCUGUUGUUGUGUCCUGAGUAAGCUGUGAGUUGGAACCUGGUUUGUUGUGUCCAAAAUCAUCCACUCACUCCCUACGCACUAUCUAGGAACCACUACGUCGUGAACUAUGUUGGUCACAUUACACAAGACACAUCUCGAGCUAUUAAUUACGUCACUCGCUAUCCGCGGUUUGUGCCCUAACGGCGUAGUAUAAACACAUCAAAUUCGAAGUUUAUUGCGUAGUUAAGAAACAAAAUUUAACAGGAAAUUACGAACAUUUUAAUGACAAGUUUUUGCGCUC